AUGGCAAAAAAGAAAACAAACCCACAAUCCAAAAACAACAAAUCCCCCGAAACCCAAUUAGCAAUCCCGCGUCAAACCAUUGAUGAAGGCUCUUCCGAGAAACUCUACUACUUGAAAACAUUGAAUGCAAUGUUGCUUGAAGAGACCGUUGAGCGACGUCAACAGGUGCAUACGCUGACCCGUGUUAAUCGCUCUUUGGGAUCAGAGUUGAAUCGGUGUGAAUCCCAGUUAAAUGAGUUAAUUGAACGAGUGGUGAUGUUGGAGUUUGAGAAUAAAUUGGUGUCUGGUUUUUUUGCGUUGCUGGGGAAAGAAAUGUUGGAGAUUUGCGGUAAGGAGAGAGUUGCAAUGGAGGAGGAAAUCCGAGAAUUGGAGAGAGACGCGAGUCGGGUUUUAGACGAGACAAAUGCAAUCGAAAAAGCGAAGAACAAGAAAGUCGUUGAUUUUGAGGAGAAAUGUAUCAUGAGUUUUAAAAAAGUAGAGGAUAUGAGAACGGAGAUUGAUGUCCUGGUGAAAGAAAAACAAGAAAUGGAGGGAGAUUUGCGAAGAUUAACUGAAGAAAAGAAUUUGGUUUCUAAAGAUUUGCAGGAGGCUUUGAAGAAGACAGAACACCAGAAACUCAUAAUAGAUGAAAUUGUCGUGGAGAAAACGAGAAUAAAUUAUGCCAAGAAUCAAGGGGAAGGUUACAUUGUUCAGCUCAAUGGAGAAAUCGAUGACUUAAAGAACACAAUUCGGACACAGAGGGAAAGUGAGGGGUGUCGAAGGAAAAUCGUGUUCCCGAGUUUCAUUAAUGGAAGGAAAGUGAGGGGAGGAGAAGGAUUUUGGAGUCAUAUUUUCCUCCCAAAUUGGGCGGAUUUGAGAAGAAAGUGA